AUGCGAGCUAUUCACUCCCUUUUUAUCGCUCUGAGCGCGAUUAGCCUUCCCUUGUUAUGGUUGCCCAUGCUCUUGAACGGUACUCUCGACGAUAUCUCCCAGGCGAUAGAGAACAAUGUCCUUCCAGAUGGCACACCGCUGAAAACGACGUAUUCUGGGAUACCGUUUUUUGAUAACCUCCUUUCAAUCCUGGUUGCAUUUUUUUAUGCCUUAGCCAACGGCUCAUACCUGGGACCUAGGCUGAUGUUGACGGACUUAGGCGCGACCCUCCACGUCGCGCUGGGCUGGAUGGUAAUCGAGAGCGUUCGGAACGGAAAAAAACCGUGGUAUUUGAGUUUGCCUGGGGUUUUCGGCGUUUUAUGGAAUAUUGCUGGGGCUGGCAUUGUCCUUCCGCUCUAUUCUCUGAUCCAUAUUCAAACCCCAGUAAAAGAACUUGGUAUCUCAAUUUACCAUGCAAAAUCCUUGAUACCAGCUAUGCUAGUCUCAUCGAUUCCCUUUUGCAUGAUGAUUCUAUCUCCCACGAGCGGAAGGUACUCCGCCGAUCAGCAUCAAAAUACUAUCGCCGUAUUUCAAUUUGCACCACUCGUCUGGAUAGCGGCGCAAUAUACAUUUUCAUUCUGUUUAUCACUAAUCGAUCGAAUGACUAAAGCGAGCCUUAGCGACCGUUCAAGAACAGGCAUAGAACAUACAAGUACACAGUUGGACAGUGAACGAAAACGAAGAAGCAAUAUCUAUAUUCAGACCACUCAGCUCUUCUUUGCGGUUUAUUCUGCAGUCGUACAUCUAGUAUGCAGCUUCACCGCACUUCUCUCCUCCGAUUCUUCUGUGACAAUAUUUCGUGUCUUUGUGCCUAACCCGAUCGGCGUGGACCGCGACUCGCCCCAACGUCUCACACAAGCAGCAAUUUUGUUCUUGCAGUAUGACUGGCUCAUUAUCUGUUUGACAGCCAUUAUCUAUUCAUAUCUUUUGCUUGAGCCAGAGCUUUCAACUACUACCAAGCAGGUCAGGUGGAAAGCGACACCUGGUUCUUUUGUCCGGCUCCUUGUAUUUCUCCCGAUUGGAAAAUCUCUCUCAAGCGUUAUCGCUCUACUGGUUUUUACUAUCCUAUUAGGACCAAGCACAGUUGUUAGUCUGGCUCUGUGGCAAUAUGAGAAGCGUCUUUUUUCUGGGGCUAGCCUCGUUGAACCUGAAGGUCGGUCCAUUGUUAAGCGUGACUGA